AAUUAGGCCAUCUAAUAAAAGUGGAACGGCCGUACAACGACGCCGUGAACAUGUCGUUACAGUCACACAUACACUAAACGGCAUUAGCGUUAAAAAAAAAAAAAAGCGCGCGAAUUUUAGGUAAACUUGGUAAAAGCAAACGCCCAAAGGAUUUCUUUAAAACUGUUGUAACUCAAACCAUCUCUUUCUUUACCUCCACACUAAUAUAUUCCCUCCCCCCACCUUUUUAAAAAAAAAAAUCUACAGUAUAAAAAGGGCCCCUUUUUCAUGCCAUAAUGGAAUCCCCAGCAGCCCCAUUCAUUUUGAAUUCUAUCUCUCUAUCUCUUUCUUUUAGUGGUUUUCUUAGUCAGUUCAUCAACCCUCGCAAAAUAUCUUUCAUUCUUUCUGAUAAAUACCGAUCGUUCCUUCUGUUAUACCAUUUCACCCCAGUUUGAUUCGAUUUCGUAUCGAGUUUUUGGGAGUCGGGGGCAUUUGGAGAAGAUGGGUUUUACGGACUCCCCGGUUUUGGUUGCUCUUGCUCUUUCACUUCUUGGUGGUGUCAGCACCUCCAUUGGUGCCCUUUUCGUUGUCAUGAACGAGACUCCAAAUUUAAAGAUGCUUGGGCUUCUACAGGGUUUUGCCGCAGGUCUUAUGCUGAGCAUAUCCUUCUUUGAUUUGGCUCAUAAUGCCAUUAACUCCAUCGGCUUCUUAAAGGGGAACCUUUGGUUUUUUGCAGGCGUACUUUUCUUUGCAAUUAUCGCCUAUUUUAUCCCGGAACCGACUAUAGCUCCAAUUAAUGAUAGCAAAAAGAAAACCGGGGAUGAUGGAGGAAAGGAUAUGAUGAAAAAGCACCGAAAACAAGUAUUGUAUAGCGGAAUCAUCACAGCCAUCGGCAUAAGCUUGCACAAUUUUCCCGAGGGAAUGGCUGUGUUCCUUGGAUCAAUGAAGGGUCUGCGAGUUGGUCUGAACCUGGCACUGGCUAUUGCACUACACAACGUACCUGAGGGGGUUGCUGUUGCACUUCCUGUUUAUUUUGCCACACAAAGCAAAUGGCAAGCAUUCAAGUUGGCUACCCUUUCUGGUCUGGCCGAGCCCCUCGGUGUAAUUAUCGUGGCUUACCUAUUUCCCAGCAGUGUAAGCCCUGAAAUCCUAGAAGGCCUUCUAGGAGCAGUUGGAGGUGUGAUGGCUUUUCUAACGUUGCAUGAAAUGCUGCCGCUGGCAUUCGAUUACGCGGGACAAAAACAAGCCGUGAAAGCUGUAUUCUUCGGCAUGGCUUUCAUGUCUGCUAGCUUGUACUUUCUUGAGAUCAGCUUACCAGCAGAUUUGAGUUUGUAGCCACCACAAUAUAUACAUAGAUUCUGGAGGCUGCAGCCAUCCUAUUAUGCAAGAAAAAAAAUUUAAUUAAAGUCCUUUUUUUUUUUAAUUUAAUUUAAUCAAGAAUGUAUGAAUUUGUAAAAGCCCCAAAAAAAACCACAUGAACUUUGACCAAAAAUAAAUGGAGGAAAAAAAAGAUUAAUAAUUGAAUUUA